AUGGCCUUCGAUUAUGGCGUGGCUAUUGGCUUGGAGGCGAGGGGCGUGUGGCGCGAGUGGCUGGGGGAGGCGGAUCACGCGCUGCUUGCGCCGUGGCUGCGCGACCCAGACACAUGGGCGGAGUUCGCCGCUGGCGCUGGCGCGGACCUCUCCCCCGCCAUGCUCCGCGUGCAGCUGCGCGCGCGAUCGCUGCUGCUUGGGCGCGCGGUGGGGGAAGCAUGCGGAAAGGCGCCCGGUGAACCUUGGGGGGAGAUGGCAGGGGGCGGAUUGGCGCAAAGGAUUGGGGGGAGGGGCGCGGAGGAGGAGAAUCCGCUGAUGGACGAUGACGUGUAUGCUUCAGUAGACGAUGACGUGUACCCGUGCCUGGAUGAUGACGUGGACGAGUGGCAUACCAUGCUGUCAGCCGCCCAGCCGUCCGCCCACUGCAUGGCGGUACUGCGCGCCAUCCGCCACCAGGUGGGGGGAGGGGCGCAACUGGGGGAAGGGGGGGAACGCAGCUGGGGGGGCGCGCACAGGGGCGCGGGUUGGGGUGCCGGUGGGGGGAGAAAAGUGGGACAGCAGUCGUGGGGCGUGAGUGCGGGGAUGGGAGGGCGGGGAGAUGGGGACGAGCACACGCACGCACAGCAGCAGCAACAGCCGGAGGAGCAGCAGCAGCAAGGAGAGGAGCGGGCGAGGGCGCGGCUGAAGGCAUGCGUGGCGGCGGCGCUGCAGCAGGUGGGGUGUGAGGGCGCAGCGGACAGCGCCCUGUCCGUGCUGACAGACGCCCUGGCCCACCGCCUCGCCCGCAUGGGGCGCUCCCUCACAGCCUGCUUAGACCGCUGUGACCUGCUGCACCUCGCUGCUGUGGGCGUGGGGGGUGUGAAGGGCGUGGGGGGAGGCGAGGGGGGAGUGGGGAGUGCGGGGGACGGGGUUGUGCUGGCCGGCGAGGGGGAUGGCGUGGGUGGGGAGGGGGAGGAGCGGCGGCAGCAGGCGAUGCAGAUGGCGGCAGUAGAGAUGAUGCUGUCUGGGGCUGAUUCCCUUAUCGGCACGCCGCCAUCACUGGCCUCAUUCCUCCGCUGCCCUUCACACCCCACGCGUCCGCCGCUCCCACCCGCAGCCGUGGCUGCCUUUGCUGCGUCCCUCGGCCUGCCCCACGACCCCACCGCUGCACCCACCGAUAUGGCAGGGCCGGGUGGGACCGGUGCUGCAGGUGCUGUGGGUGGGAUGGGUGCGAUGGGAGGGAUGGGAGGAAUGGGAGGGAUGGGAGGGAUGGGAGGCAUUGGCAGUGGUGGGGGUAUGGUUGGUGGAGGGAUGGAUGGGUUGGGGGGGGCAGGUGCCAUGGCUGGACUCGGGGGGAUGAGCGCCGUGGGGGGGAUGGGCGGACUGGGGGGUUUUGGGGCUGUAGGGGGUAUGGAGGGCAUGGGGGGGAUGGGGGGAAUGAGUGGGAUGGGGGAGAUGGGCGGGAGUGAGUCCGUGGCAGCAGCGCUGGCAGCAGCGGCAGCAGCAGUGGCUGCAGCAGCAGCUGGGGGCCUCACUGGUGCUGCUGGCAUGGGGGCGGGUGGAGGGAUGGGCGCAGGCGGGGGCAUGGGGACAGGCGGGGGAAUGGGGGCAGGGGGGGGGAUGAACAUGGGCAUGGGGGGUGUGGGGGAAGGGAUAGGGGCACUUGUAGGGGGAGUAGGCGGAAUGGGUGGAGCAAUGGGAGGGAUGGGAGGAGGAGGGACGGGGGGAGGAGGAGGGAUAGGAGGAGGGAUGGGAGGAGGAGGGAUGGGAGGAACAGGAGGGGAGGGAUGGGAGGAGCAGGAGGGAUGGGAGGAGGAGGGAUGCGAGGCCGCAUGGGCCAAGGCAACACGGGGCAGGGUGGCAUGGGACAGGGUGGCAUGGGACAGGGUGGCAUGGGACAGGGUGGCAUGGGACAGGGUGGCAUGGGACAGGGGUAGCAUGGGGCAGGGCGGCAUGGGGAUGCAUGUGUCGGGCUCUUUGGCCUCCUCUGACAGUCCCCUUGGUGCCUCCACGUUCCAGCAGCAACAGCUGCUGCUGCACCAACAACAGCAGUACCUGCAGCAGCAACAGCAACAGCAGCAGCAGCAGCAACAGCAGCAGCAGCAACAGCAGCAGCAGCAGCAACAGCAGCCGCAGCAGCAGCAGCAGCAACAGCAACAGCAACCACAGCAGCAGCAGAGUUCCCCCAAUGUGUCAUCAUCUUCUCUCAGCGGCACUCCUGCUGACACGGCCGGCAGUGGCCCGUCUGCUUCCCCCCUCUCUGCCGCCCAGCGGAAGCAGCAGCAGCAACAGCAGCAGCGACGGCGCCGGCAGCAGCAGCAGCAGAAACGGCUGCAGCAGCAGCAGCAACAGCAACAGCAGCAACAGCAGCAGCAGCAACAGCAACAGCAGCAGCAGCAACAGCAACAGCAACAGCAGCAGCAACAGCAGCAGCAGCAGCAACAGCGGCAGCAGCAAGUGCAGCAACAGCAGAACCAGCAGGCCCCACGCCGCUCUCUGCUGCUGAGUGUGUCGGACCCACGACACCUCUCCUCCCCUCCCUUCAACAACCCCCCUCCACCUGCCUCAACUGCAAUGGGCGCAGCUGCCACCGCCAGUGGCGGGGCCUCCCCUCCUCUCCCUCACAACUCCUCCCUCUACUCCAACGUCCCCUCCUCGCCCUCCUCCCACCCUCACACCAUGCCUCCCCCGCUCACUCCCACGCUCUCUGCCCUCCGCCUCCCCUCUUCAGGCAACCCGCCCUCACUCCCGCACGUGCUCGCCUUCCCCUCCCCCACCGUUGUGGCAGCAGGGGGGGCAGUAGCAGGGGGAGGGGAGGUGAAAGGUGCUGCUGGUGGUGGUACUGGGAAGGGAAAGAAAGGCGAGGGGAAGAAGGGCGGAGGGGGAGGGGGCAAAGGAGGUGGAAAGGGAGGGGGCAAGGGAGGGGGGAAGGGAGCAGGAAGAGGAGCGGGUGGGGCAGCAGGGGCAGGCAGGGGAGGGGGAGCAGCAGCAGCAGGGCGUGGGAAGGGAGGAGGGGGUGGAGGGGCAGGGAAGGGGGCAGGGGCGGGUGGAGCGGGUGGAGUGGGUGCAGCAGGCGGGGCAGGGAGAGGGGAUGGGGCGGGUGGGGCAGGUGGGGCAGGUGGUCAGAUGGGCACUUGA